AGAAAAAUGAUUCAGAGCCAAAGAAGCAAUCUUGAACAUCGGGAAUCUUCGCAUGGAUUCUUGGUAUAAUUUAAGUAGAGAAGGGUAAUAAUGGGUGUGGGAGGCAAAUUUUGGGAACUUCUAAAACCCUACGGGCGCCAUGAAGGGUUUGAUUACCUGAGGGAUAAGCGGGUUGCUGUGGAUCUCUCAUUCCGUAUAGUCCAGCACGAAACUGCCAUCAAGGCCUAUUGCCGCAAUCCCCAUCUCAGGCUUACAUUCUUCCGUACCAUCAACCUCUUCUCCAAGUUUGGAGCCUUUCCAGUAUUUGUUGUUGAUGGAACUCCGUCACCGCUGAAAUCUCAGGCAAGGAUCAUGCGGUUUUUCUGUUCAUCUGGAAUUGAUUCUUCGUGUUUUCUGCCCCCCCAGAAGGAUGUCUUAGUUGAGAGGAACCGGGAAUUCACUAAAUGUGUUAAUGAUUGUGUGCUAAGUUGAUCCUGACACCAUGAUCUCUAUCAAUUUUUGUUGGUGCAGUUCAAAUUCUAAUUUUUUUUUCCCCUUGUAUAUGCUUGCUUUUGUGAUAGAUUAACCUGGUUACUUCUUUGGAUGUAUGGUUUUAGCAAAUACUCUCUGUAGAGCUUGCACAAAAAUUGGUUGCAAUCAGUUUGUCAUGCUUUGACCUUUUUCUGUGCACUCUUGCUUGGUCAUUAGUUCAUGGGAGAGAUCUUGUUUAAUCACCUUUAACUACUAGGAACUCCUUGAACUAUUUGGGAUGCCUGUACUGAAAGCAAAUGGUGAGGCUGAAGCAUUGUGUGCGCAGUUGAAUAGAGAUGGUCAUGUGGAUGCCUGCAUCACUGCUGAUAGCGACACAUUUCUCUUUGGGACUAAAUGUGUAAUAAAAUGCAUCAGGCCCAACUCAAAAGGACCAUUUGAGUGCUACCGUAUGUCAGAUAUUGAAGCUGGUCUUGGACUCAAGAGGAAACACUUGAUAGCCAUCUCUCUUCUGGUUGGAAAUGACCAUGAUCUAAAUGGAGUUCAAGGAAUUGGCCUUGAAACAGCUCUUCGUUUUGUCAAAAGAUUUAACAAAGAUGAGAUAUUGAAUAAAUUACACAAUAUAGGAAACGGGGAUAAUCCACUUUUUCAGUGUGGAAUCAAAUCCAAGGAUGGUAUCCCAACUAUUUCAGAUGAGAGCUCACCAAAGAAAAAGUGUUCUCAUUGUUCCUUCUGUGGGCAUCCUGGCAGCAAGAGAGCUCAUUUCAGGUCUUCUUGUGAAUACUGUGGAACAACUAGCAAUGAGAGUUGUAUUAAAAAGUUGGAGGGGUUUAAAUGCAAUUGCCCUCCUUGUCUUGAGGAUAGGGAAGAAAAAGAGCAGAAGAAGCAAGAGGAUUGGUGGAUUAGAAUUUGUGAGAAGAUAACUGUGGAGAAAAAUUUCCCAAACGAUGAGAUCAUUGGAAUGUAUCUGUGUGACAAUCAUGGAAAGUUUGCUGGGGCAGGUUACGUAAAUUAGAUGUCAAUAUAUUGAGAAAUUGCAGUACAGCGGAAUCAAAAAGAAUGAAGGAUGCAGCAUUAGUUCCAUCAGCAACUCAGACUCGAAUGCAAUACCUUUGUAACAAAAAAUAUGUCUUAUUGCUCAGCCCAAAAUGGUUUCAGUGUAAGGAAUUUCAUGGAAAAGGAUGGUGUUGGGUGAUUAUGACUUGUUUGACUCUUGCUGAGAUUAUUUUAAUUGAAUCUACACAUAAUUGGUUCUACAAAUCUUACUAUAAUUGUACAAAUAGUGUUGAGCAGGACUUUGGAAUAUGGUAUUGCAGAAAAUGUGACCAGGGAUGGUCAAAUCUUAGAUUGAGGUAUUGCAUUCAAGUCCACGUAGUUGAUGGAACUGAUGUUGCAUCCUUCAUUCUUUUUGAUUCUGCCACAAAAGAAUUUCUUAAUAUAUUUGCUUCUGAUUUAUGUGACCUGCACUUCAAAAGAGUGAUUUUCUUUGUCAUCUUCAAUAUUUAUUUUUAUGUGUAUGAUUUAAUCUCUGUAUAUGCUAUUUUUGAUAAUAUAAUUAAUUUUAAUUA